CAGUGGUUCUUCUAUGUGGCGUCCAUACAUCUACGCCGUAGACUCGAUAUGAAGCCAAAUAAAGGACGCACAGGCCGAUGGAGGAAACGGAAACACGUGGCGGUACCGGCAGUGAAUCAAAGCUGUGACAUCCGAUACGUUGAGCUGAGAAAGUGGCUCAAGGACAGGGGCUUCCAUGAUAGCCAGCUGAGGACGGCACAUUUCCCAGAUACGGGUAGAGGUCUGAUGACAACAAGUCUUCUGCAGCCGGGAGAUAUGAUAAUUUCCUUACCAGAGUCCUGUCUCCUCACCACGGACACGGUCCUGAAAAGCUACCUUGGUGAUCAUAUAAGAAGGUGGCGCCCCCCUAUCUCCCCCUUGGUGGCAUUGUGUACUUUCUUAGUCGCGGAGAGAUACUUUGGUGAUCGCUCACUGUGGAAACCAUAUCUAGAUGUAUUACCCAGCAGUUAUAGCUGCCCUUUAUGUUGGGAACCAGAAAUGGUGAUGCUCCUUCCAGAACCCCUCAGACAGAGAGCUGAGCAGCAGAGGGCCGUUGUUCAGGAAUUCUACUUUUCCAAUGUGUCCUUCUUCAGAUCGUUGCAGUCGCUGUUUCAGGAGGAUGCAGAAAACAUUCUGAGCUAUGAUGCCAUGCGUUGGGCCUGGUGCACAGUAAACACACGUACAGUGUAUAUGAAACACACACAAAGAGACUACUUUUCUUCUGAACAGGAUGUGUAUGCCUUGGCACCAUUACUAGAUCUGCUGAAUCACAGCCCUGGUGUGCAGGUGGAAGCUGCAUUCAAUGAGGAGAUCCGGCGUUAUGAGAUCAGGACUAAAGUGCGGUAUAGGAAGUAUGACCAAGUGUUCAUUUGCUAUGGGCACCAUGAUAACCAGCGCCUUCUGCUAGAAUAUGGAUUUGUGGCAGCUAAUAAUCCUCAUCAGAGUGUCUACGUUACUAGAGAUGUCGUCCUCCAGCAUUUGUCUUGUGCAGACAAACAGUUACAGAAGAAAUGGUCACUGCUGAAGGAAAAUGGCUUUUUAGACACAUUAUGGCUAAAAGCUUCAGCCACAUUUGGACAUGACGGACCCUCCUGGAAGCUACUAACAGCUCUCAAACUGCUUUGUCUGAGUACUGAAGAGUUCACAUACUGGAAAAAAGUUCUUCUGGGAAGCUUUGUGUCUGAGUCCAACGAGCGGAGCUGUAUGGAACUUGUGAGAACGAUUUGCCAGCACUUACUAGAACAGACUUCACGGGCUCUGCAGAAGAUCACUGCUUGGAAAAGUGAACACGCAACCAAUCCACAUCUUGCCUUAGUGGAAGCGUUACGACUGGAAGAACUGAGAAUUCUGCAAGCUUCGGACAACCUUCUACAGAACGGGGACCUUCUGUCACUGUAG